AUGAAUCGAUUGAGUCUUGGAGGUAAGCUCUGUUGUUCUGAGAAAAGGAUUCACACCGAGUUUUCUGUGAUUCUUAAAGGCGCAAUCCGUCUUCAUGACCUUCUGGAGGCAUCUGACGACGAGUACGGAUUCGUGAGAACUGAAAUCGAACGAGCGUUGGACUGCCGAGAUGCAACAGAAGAGGAGAUAAUGAGGGAAUCGCCUGCCAAACUUUCUCACAGGGUAGGUGAAGCGAAACACGAAAAACUGGCAGAAAAAGAGUUCAAAUGGACUGAAGAAAUCAGAAAAGUGUCAAAUUGAUCUAGAAACGUCACUGGGUGAUCUAAAUAGAAUAACACUUUAUCUUUGACGUUUGAAAUGCAAAAAAGAGUGCGGAACGUCAGUUUUCCAGUAUUGGUCACCCAGGGACCGAUUUGAACGCGCUCACAUGUUACUUUUCUAUCCAAUGUCGAAAGAAUGGGGUAAAGUGCAGAACGGCGAUAAACAGAACGCAAUGUCAACAAGUCGGUCUUUCCAAUGACCAUCGAUCGAUUUCUGACUUGUUUUCGUUCGUUCCCAAAAUUCCACCUCCUCGUUCCAAUGUCAGUAAUCACUCUCAUUCCUCUUUCGUCUACAUGGAUUCACUAAACCCGAACGAAUUCGCAGCCGAUCGCAUUGAAAUCGCGGUGCUCACCGAAUCAGAAGAAGAGUUUGUGGUAAGUGUGUCUGCACAAACACACAAAGUUUCGAGUAGGCCUAAUGUAUGCAAAUUCCGAUGUUUCGCAUCAGAAAAUCGAACUUUUUUCCGUUUUUUACGCUAUUCGGCUGUCCAUCAGCCGUCACUGAUAACGGGUUAUCAUCAGAGUUUCCAUUCGAUUAUUUGUCGAUCUGACUCAUUUCUUGUUGGUUUUCGCCCAGUGGAAGCGAAGAAAAAACGGGAAAAGGCAAAAAGCAGCAAGUGAAAUACACGUCCUCUUCUGUACAUUUCUAUCCUUCCAUGUCUUCAACUUUCCGAAAAGUAAUGAGGAAAUUCAGUCGAACUGGAGUUGGCGACGAGUAUCCUGUGAGUUUUUAUUCGUGUUCACCCAAGAAACUACUGCCACAAACGAAAACGUUCCGUACGAAUCUCCACGCGGCAGUUUCAAACUGGCGCUCUCAAAUCCAAUUUUUUUUUCAUUUGUUGGAUUUUGAUCAGAAAAUGUAGUCGAAAAGAUUUGUAUGUGGUGAGUGUUGAAGUUGCGGCACCGUACCGUAGUUUCAUCGUGACGCCUUCUGAAUUCGCUUCACGCGUUUUCCCAUCGUGAGCCUUCGAGAGCGUGAGUCAGUUGGAAGAAGAGCCGCCUCUUCUCACUCUUUUCUGAAGAGCACACACACACGAAAACACGGAAUUGUCCUCAUCAUUCUUGCUCUUUCUCUCUCCGUUUUUGCUCACAGAUUCAUUCUGUCCUUCCGUCUUCUUCUUCUCUUCUCCUCUCCACAAAUUCAUUUGCUUCUGCUCUUUUGAGCUCUAGACACACACAAGGAGAGCUCAUAAAUCAAAUGGCUCGUGAAAGGUGUAGGCUCCGUAGAUUUGUCAUAGUUGGAAAGGCAGUGCCAAUUUUAAUGCAAUUGCACGGGGAGAAAAGAGAAGAAGAGAAAUCGAGAGAAAUUGAGAAAUUGGCUUCGUUUCGAGAUUAUGCAUUUCUUCUUCUGCUCACUCACUCUUUCUGGUUUCUAAAGCGUUUUUUUGCUCUCUGAUCAUUCUAAAGCUAGAAACUGGAUUAUCGCGCACUCAACAGGAUACGGUUGAACGAGCAAGCUCAUCACUUGAUGAGCUAAUACUUCUGAAACUUUGGAAGGCUCUUCAUACUCUCCUUUUCUCUCAAUACUGAAAACAGGUAGAAGCGUCUUUUCUGCUUUGCCUCGUCUCCUUUCCCACCACAAAAACGAGCAAAACUCGAUUUCUGAUGUUUUUCCGGUUCGUCAACUCUUGCCGUCUUCAUAUUCUCAAUUCUCUGUCGUCUAACUCUUGACACGUUCUCUCUAUUAAUUCGGCAUGACAAAAGUGAAAGAGGAGGAGAUUAGGACAAGAGAAGAAGGAGAUGUUACCCCAGGCAACCUCUCCUCUUCGGCUGACGAUGAGAGGUUUUCUGAAACCAAGAAAGCGCUCAAACAUUUCUGUCGUUGUCGUCGUCUCCAGAAUGCUAUUGUUGACGUACUCGAGAGCGGGAGGGACAAACCUAGGUGUCCGUUUUCAUUCGAUUCCUUCUCCACCUCUUAUUUUCUCCUUCACCCCUUCCGUUUUCCUUUUCCGAAGACCAAAAACCCCAUUGUUUUUUACAUAGGUAAUCAUAAUCGCUGAAAGUAGAAGCCGGUCGAAGGGACGCCGCGAAAAGUGGCUGGUAUGAAAUGGUGAUGUUGUGAAACUUGUGACAAAUCAGAAAAAUGAGGAGAAUUAUUAUUUUUCCAGCUUCCUGAAGAGCAUGUCAUUCCGGCGGGUGGCGAGCUUCCGAAAACGUCGUCGUCUGGAUCUGUUGACGAUAGUGAGCAGAAAGACAAAGUGUCGAUCGGGUCGAAUGAAUCGGGAAAGGUAUGAUUGCUCAUUUUUCCUAAUCACAUUACCAUUGUUUUGUUUAGAAAGAAACAAGUUCGGAGCAGAGUAAAAUCGGAGCGCUGUUCGAUAAGGCUAAAAAGAAAGGACACAAGUUGGUCUCGAGCAGAAAGAAAACCAAUUCGGAGUGCGCAGUCAACGAGAUCUCCCCGCACGCAUCUGUAAAGUCACUGGAGUCGAUGAGCAGGUCGGAGGAGAGGAUCGCAUCGAGGCGGUCUUCCGGAGGAUCCGGGGAGCAGUUGAAGCAGACGGCGACAGGGAUGGAGGAGAAGGAAGUUGAGGAGGAGACGAGAGAAGAAACAGAGAGAAAAGUGAAUCAGGUGGGCAGGAGAGAGGUUACGACGCCUGUGGAGUCAAUCAUUCAGACACUCGUGGACCCGGCAGACCCCUCCGAUCCGUUCCUCAUCCAGUCGCUCAUUCACAAAUGCCGUGUGCUUCCCUUCUUCCGAGCCCGCCUCGUUGUCUUCGGCACUCUCGUCGCCCUCACCAUCGCUUCUCCGGGAUUCAUCACUGGUGUGCUCUGGGGAUUCUACUCCACCGUCAUCGGAUUCCUUUAUUUCUUCGUCAGCGAACCGAAGCCCAAGGAGGAAGUGCGCGACGAGUGGUUCGCCGAUGAAGAAGUGGGAGAGAGAGCGUCUGGAAGGGCAGAGAACAUUGACGAUCAGGGAUUCGGUUUGGGAGAAGGAGUGGUGUACAGAGGGUGGAUGAACGAACUGAGGACGAGAUAUUCUCCCGCCAACUACCACGUCAACUCUUCGCAAUCUGUGCUCGUCCGACUGGAAGGAUCUAUGCUGCGGAUCUGCCGACCCGCGAAAGCAGUUCUCAAGCAUGCAUUCUACGAUGAUCCGACACUCAAGCAAUCACAACCGUCGAUGGUUUCUCAGGUGAUAUACGAUAUGAAGGACGCCCAAGUAUCCCUUCGUCCGAAACGGCUGGCUCGCCGACGAUGGUGGAGUCGGAAGUACCCGAUCCACAUUCGAUUCGCACACUCCUCGAGUUCUCUCGUGGAAAUUGACCACUCAUCGACGGCAAAGUCACGCGGAAUAUCCCGUUCCGCUUCGAUGGCUCCGCACCCGAACAUAUCAGAAACAGACGGAGAUCGUCAGUUCACGGACAACGAAUCCGACGGGUACAGUGCGGAGAGCGAAACGGAAGCGGAAGAGAGCGGAACUGGUGAAAAGCGGAAACUGCUGCGCGCCAACUCUGCAUCGGAUAUCAACGAGUUCAAGGAGAGCAAGGUGCACAAAAAACGCGGAAGGAGCAUUUAUUUGUUUGUGAGAGCAGCCAGAGAGAAGGAGAGAUGGUUCCAUCUGUGAGUUUGAAUUCGUCCCCGCUUAAACUGACUUUUCUCUUUUUCAGACUCCGAGAAGCGUGUGCUCGUGCUCGAAACAGUCCGAAAACGCGCAGAUGCAUGUCAAUGAUCAUCAAAUCCCGCUCGUCCGCUUCGCUUCCCGGUGAAAUCCGGCCAGCCGAAGAAGACGCAACGAAUACGAGUGUGGCCGUUGAAGCACUAGUGGCCGAGGUUGUUCCCUAAAAGAGACAUCAGAUUCACAUACGGUUUAUUCAAUUUCAGAACGAAAACUUCAGCGAGUCAGUGUUCAACUCUCCAAAAGUGACCCGUCUCCCGAAAGAGUACGAGUUCCUCAAGUACCGCAGCAACUACGCGUCGUUCGUCAAGGAGAUCGCCUCGAUUCUGUCGAUUCAAGUGCCGCCGCGUCCCGAAAAGAACAGCACGGUGUCCGUCGAUCUGGGAACGAUGAAGUGGGCUCCGGGAGCUCAACAAAUCUCUUCGGAACUCGUGGACAGUAUAAACGUGCUCGCCACUCGCAUAUUCUUCGAUUUCUGCCGCGACGAAUUCUGGAUUCGUCAGGUGAAGCAGAAGAUUCAGAGCAAACUGGCCACCAUUCAUUUGCCGUACUUUAUUGAAAAACUCGAGUUGGGAGAGCUGAAAUUUGGAACGAAAGCACCGAGAGUCACUGCGGUUUAUACGCCGAAAGUGGAUGAAUGGGGCACUUGGGUGGACUUUGAGGCAAGCCAUAAUCUCAGAAUUAUCUUUGAAAAUGAUUAUUUUCAGAUGAAGUACAAAGGAGGCAUUCGUCUGGUUCUGCAAACAAGUGUCAAUCUAUUAAAGCUGCAAAGCGGAGCCCUCCAGGUGAAAACGGAAAACGAGUGAGCCGAUGGACGGAAUCCGUCCGCGUGACCCGAUACUCCGACUCUGACCUACCGGAGAGUCCGGAGAGCAGUCCGGAUGAAGAUUUCGGAGCCAAGAACAACUCUGAAGGAACGACGAAGGAGAGGACGGGAAAGAAGAUUCUGUCGAUCGUCGAGCGGGCGGCACAAAGCUCAUUGUUCCAGAAGGCAGCCAAACUGCAGGCAGUUGCACGGGUGAGAACACAAUCCGUGCUCGCAGAGAAUAAAGGUUCUAUUUGCAGCUGAUAGAAGACGUAUCGACGACGCCAUUGAUGUUGAAUGUGGAAGUAGAGGAGGUCGAAGGACCGAUGACCUGUAACAUUCCGCCUCCGCCCAGUGAUCGGUUAUGGUGAGUAUUGUCCUUUUCCCUUUCCUCCAAUAAUUUCUCUUCUUCCAGGUACGCCUUCCGUCGCCGACCUCUUCUCAAAAUCCGAGCAGUUCCCCAAGUUGGCGACCGUUCCGUCGAUCUUUCGACCGUCUCCGAAUGGAUCGAAACGAAGCUGCGGCAAGUGCUCGAGAAGAACCUCGUCUGUCCGAACAUGGAUGAUAUCAUACUGCCCGUUCUCUCCGGAAAUCCUCUUCUACAUAUGGGAUACAAUAAAUGA